GUGACCGCGCGGCCUCGAACAGCACCCCGUUUGAACCAGCUAAUGCGAGUGCGUUUGGAACGGGCCCAACAACAACAACAACAACGGCCGAAGGGCUGGUUCGGCGUUAACGUGUCGGGUAACGCUACAUUGAAUGGAGGCAGCCGGGAGCAAAACAGAACUGAAACCCAUUCUGCGCUUCUGGCCUUCUGUCCUCCGCCUACAGUAGGAAGAUCGGUGCCUUUUGUGGGCUGUGCAAGUUUCUUCCCCACCAGUGAUUCCUUAUGCCCGAUAGAAGCUGCACCCUGUGUCUUACAGGAUGGAUGGUGUGGACUUAAAGAGACUUGUGUAUCAACAUCAGCACUCUGUGGUGUUUUCUCUCUUACCGUUUACAAGCGAACACCUCCCAUCCUGCGCCUCCAAUCUCAGCACUAUAUAUAUAUAAAGACUGCCUUUGAUUAACUCAAAAGACGACAGGAGAUAAAAGUUCAAAGCCUUUGUAUCUCUCUUCCUUUUUAAAGCAUAGAUCAAUACUGCUAAUAUAACCCUACAUGGCAGACAUGGAAGUCUCAUUAUUUUAAUUUUUCAGUCAGUGUACCCCCUUACGCUUAGUGUGGGUGGUGGGAUGUCGGAAAAGCCAGACGACAAAAUGGUGAAGUUCCUGGCUCCCCCUCAGAAGAGUGGAAAUGGCCCCAGUUCUGGUUCAGAUUCAAUGGUGAGUGAGUGCCGGCCGACGGAAGUGAGACGGCGGCAUCACACCAUGGAGCGCGAUCGGUGUACCGCUGAACACCGCUUCUUGCGCCGGAGCGUCAUCAGUGACUCUAAUGCCACGGCAUUGGCCCUCCCUUUACCCAGCAAGAUACCCGUCCCUGCACCUCAGCGGGUUCCACAGCGGGACGCCGUCCCCCAGCAGCAACUGACCACUCCUGCUGCUUGUUUGACCCGGACUGAACUAAGUGUAGCUCAAAAUCAAGAGGCUGCUGAUAAACGAGGAGGGGGGGGCCAUGGGAAAGAGGUAGCCAAGGUGGAUGUAGUGCCUUCAGAGCUGGAGCCUGCCAUUAAAAAAGAUACCUGUGAUGGAGAGGUGACAGCGGCCUGCUCUGCACCAGGCCUAGGAACAGAAUUGCCAAGUCGAACAGAACCUGAGAGCACCACCGAAGUGAAGGUGCAUCACGGGGAGGAGGGGGAGGAAGACGAUAAGGACUCGGCCAAGGCGCGGGCAGAGGCAGAGCAGCGGGAGGCUGAGAAAAAAGUUCAGGACGACAUUGAAGAGGCUGAGACCAAAGCCGUGGGAACGUCACCAGAUGGGCGUUUCCUAAAGUUUGAUAUCGAAAUUGGACGUGGCUCCUUCAAGACCGUCUACAAAGGCCUGGAUACCGAGACCACAGUUGAGGUGGCUUGGUGUGAGCUGCAGGACCGUAAGCUGUCAAAAACCGAGCGGCAGCGCUUUAAGGAGGAGGCAGGGAUGUUAAAAGGACUACAGCAUCCCAACAUUGUCCGCUUUUACGACUCCUGGGAGGGACCCUCCAAAGGCAGGAAGUGCAUUGUUCUGGUCACUGAACUCAUGACUUCUGGCACACUCAAAACAUAUCUGAAACGGUUCAAGGUGAUGAAAAUCAAAGUGCUGCGAAGCUGGUGUAGACAAAUCCUCAAAGGGCUCCACUUCCUCCACACUCGGACUCCCCCCAUCAUCCACAGGGACCUCAAGUGCGACAAUAUUUUCAUCACAGGCCCAACAGGAUCCGUCAAGAUUGGAGACUUGGGACUGGCUACGCUCAAGCGAGCAUCCUUCGCCAAGAGUGUUAUAGGUACCCCUGAGUUCAUGGCGCCUGAGAUGUAUGAGGAGAAGUACGACGAGUCAGUGGAUGUGUAUGCCUUUGGAAUGUGCAUGCUGGAGAUGGCCACCUCAGAGUACCCUUACUCAGAGUGCCAGAACGCUGCACAGAUCUACCGCAGAGUCACCAGCGGGGUGAAGCCAGGCAGCUUCGACAAGGUGGCCAUUCCUGAAGUGAAGGAGAUCAUCGAGGGAUGUAUCCGGCAGAACAAGGACGAGAGGUACUCGAUCAAAGACCUCCUGAACCACGCCUUCUUCCAGGAGGACACAGGGGUGCGGGUGGAGUUGGCAGAAGAAGACGACGGAGAGAUGGUGGCUAUUAAGCUGUGGCUGCGAAUUGAGGAUGUCAAAAAACUUAAGGGGAAGUACAAAGACAACGAAGCUAUUGAGUUUUCUUUUGACCUCAGCAAAGAUGUCCCUGAGGACGUGGCCCAAGAAAUGGUUGAGUCUGGUUAUGUGUGUGAUGGUGACCACAAGACCAUUGCAAAGGCCAUAAAGGACAGAGUGUCUUUGAUCAGUCGCAAAAGAGCACAACGGCAGCAGGUCCGAGAAGAUCAGGAGAAGAGAAGGCUGGAAGAAGAACAGCAGGGUCCGUUACCUCCAGCACAGCCAGCGGCCCAGCAGCCGGGCCCGGAGGUGCCUCAGUCCCAGCCAGCGACACAGCCCGCUGCUUAUGUCACUCCCCAUAUGUCAACCCAACCUGCAUCUCAGCAGGGCCUUCAGGGCUCCAUCUACAGCACUCCCCAAUCAACCCAACUGGCCGGUAUGGCACAGGGCGUUCCGUACAUCCCUCAGUCAACUGGGCAAGUCCCAGUGGCAGUCCCAGGACAGGCUCAGACUGGGACCACCAUCCUGCCGGAGUCAGAGGAGUCUGAGACGGACCAGCAACUACAGCACUCUGGAGGAGCCGCCAUUCACAUGGGAGACCAACUACCAGGUUCCAGCAUCCGUCCUGAAGUCCAGCCUCCUCAGCCUGGAAUAUCCUACAUAUCCUCCCCUCCGAGGCAGCACCUCCAGCCCCAAGCUUCACUCCCUCAGACACAAAGUGACCAAAUGCAACAGCAGCAGUUGUCAGCGGUUCAGCUGCAAGGUGUCCAGUCUAAUGUUGGUCCCGUUCCACCUGGCGGACAGCCUGUUCCAGGGACGACUGCACAGUAUGGAGUUUACUACCAACCAACGCUUCCCCCUCAGAAUCCCAACCAGCAGGUGAUGCUGCCUUCAUCCUCACAAUCGUCUCCCCCUCAGCCGGCGCCGCCGCAGCAGCCGGACAGCGGCCCUCUUCUCCAGAGCGGCGCUCCACCACAGGCGCAGACUGGAGCUCAGCAGAUACAGGCCUCAGCGAGCGCUCCUCAGUCAGCGCCAGCGGAGCCGGCGAGAUCGUCUGCGCUGGUGCCUCCGUCUAUAGAGAGCUGCCUGUCAGAUGCCGCCUCAGGUCUCAGUGACGGCAAUGAUGGAGGCUCUACAUCGGGGGGUCGCCACGAGGGGCGCUCCAUGAAACGUCACCAGCGGAGAUCCGUACGCAGCCGCUCCCGCCACGAGAAGUUCGCCAAGGCCAAGCUCAAUGUUCUCAGCAUCUCUAAUGUGGGAGAUCGAGUAGCAGAAUGCCAGCUGGAGACUCAUAACAGGAAGAUGGUGACCUUCAAAUUUGACCUUGAUGGUGAUAAUCCAGAGGAGAUUGCACAGAUCAUGGUGGCAAGUGAAUUCAUCUUGGAAAGUGAACGAGAGUCCUUCAUCGAGCAGGUCCGGGAAGUCAUAGAAAUGGCCGAUGAGAAAGGGCGGGGCACGAAGGAAGGUUUUCCCCAGAUGAGUGACCACCAACAACAGCCCCAGCUGUCCGUUCCCAUGCUGCCAGGCAUUUCCCCCAGCACUACGGCGCAGGUGGUGCAUUCAGCAGGCCGAAGGUUCAUCGUCAGCCCAGUGCCCGAGUCUCGUCUUAGAGAGCAGUUCUUUGGCGGUUCUUCUGCUAACACCUCCUUCGGAGAUGAGCCAGGUCUUUCUACGCCACUGGGCCUUUCACUCUCUGCUCCGUCUGGAGUUCUCCAGCAGGCUUUCAGUAGAAUGAAGCAGGCGCGCGUGGAGAGAAGCAGCACCAUCGAUCCCCUUCUUGCCGAGCACGAAGCCAUUGAGGCCGGACUCGCCCCAAACUCGAACACUAUCUUGGCUCCUCCAGAAGCCGCAGCUUCCACUGCUAGCAUUACUUUUCCUGGUGUCACAUCUACGGCAACAUCCUCACCGCCUCCCUCAACUGGGAGGGUUUCCCCUCCACCUGCAUCUAUUCAGUCCCUAACUCCAGCCCCUGUCCCCGGUGAUCCCAGUCCACCUCCCCAGUCGGCCCAUGAAGAGGCCCCUUCACCGCUUCCGCCGGCUGCCAACGUCGCUUCCACCAUUCCUUCCCCGUCAGUGCAGACCUCCGUCCCCGCGGGCCCCGGGCCUCACCCGAGCAGUGGUUCCGUCUCCUCUGUUGUCAGCGUCGCGUCCAGUAGCACCGCCCCCAGCACCGUCCCCGCUUCAGAGCAGCAGCCUGUGAAUGCGUCCGUCCAUUCAGCACCGCACACAACAACCCAGAGCCAGCCCCAGCCGGUGGAGUCGGAGGGGGCAGAGCUCUCGAACAAGACUGGUGGCAGAGACGCCAUCCAGGCUCUGGAUAAGAAGCUCCGGUCCCUCUUUAAAGAUCAGAGCUCUACGUCUGCCUCAGUGGAUCAGAACACAGGCACCUCCUCUCCUCCCGCCGGAACCUCUUCUCCUCCACCCGGACUUGCCCUGGUGCCCCCGUCUAACCUCGCCCUCACCACGGGGACUCCGGCUGUCCCGGGCCUCACAACCACCCCAGGACAGGGUAUUAACCCGCCAGGACAGACGCCUCCUACCAAACCCAGGGCGCAGACUUUACCUACUGGUUUUGACCAAGCUUCUACUCCUCCCUCUGAACAUCUGCCCCCAUUUCCUGGACCAAAUCAGAAACCCCCGGGUCCUUUGGACGUCCAGUUGAGGAGAGCUCUGAGCCCAGAGACGGUUCAGGAAGGUAAUCUAAUCCAGCCUCCAGCCGCAGAUUUCACUCUGGGACGUUUCCAAGUGUCUGUUGCUACUGACCGUGUGUCCAGCUGUGUUAAAGAUCCCACCAGCAUAGUUUCUUCUGCUUCCCUCACGCCGUCUUCUACCUCCUCGUCUUCCUCAUCAUCCUCCUCCUCCCCCUCAAGUCCAGAAAAUACCCUCCACCGGUCAUCCUCCCUGUCCAAAGUAGUCUGUGAGACUGACUCUGGGAAUGGAGCCUUCCCCCUGUCCGCUGCGCCUGCUGGUCGGCCGACCACUAUUGGGCGCUUUCAAGUGUCCAAGAGCACCAACGUGACCUCUGAGCCGACCCCUGGCUCUAAAGUGGGCCGCUUUUCUGUCACAGUGACCUCAGCUCCAGCAGCAGGCUCCAGUCCAACGCAUGGUUCCAGUAUGCAGAACGGACCCUCCGAUCCUCAUAAUGCACACACCAUUUACAGUAGUGACAACAACGACUCUGAGACCGAGGGCGGGGCUUUGCAGAAAGAAAUCAGCCGUCUUAGAGAAAAGCAUAUGACAGAGAUCCAGACAUUGCAGACUCGUCAGAAAGAGGAGAUAGACGCCCUGUAUUCGAUGAUGGGAAAACCUCCCCCGACUACUGUCUUCUCUCCAGCUAUGGUGAUGGGUGGAGGUCGACGAAGGCUAAAAAGCAAAAGCAAAUCUUCCCGCUGUAGCGGCCAACCCAGUCCCAAACACUCUGGAUCCCCGGCCUCAGCUCAGAAUCUUCAUGGUCUAGCAUCUCCUCCAAAGCAAAAUUCCCCCUCAUCAACAGAGGCCUCAGAAACCGCAGCCGAGGCGUCUCAAACAGCGAGCAGGUCCUCCAUAAAGCAGCUCAGAUCCUCCCCAUCCAUGCCCAGCCUCAGUAGCUGCUCCACAGGAUCAAGUGGGACCAGCUCUGCAAAUGGUUCAGGCCACUGCCAGAACCACUCCGCGUCUUUGACCCAGGCAACGGGACCCGCUCCUCCGUCCUCCCACACUCAGAAGGGAAAGGGCACCUUCACUGAUGACCUGCACCUACUGGUGGAUAAUUGGGCCAGGGACGCCAUCGGCCUCGCCCAGGGCAGGAGGGGACCUAAAACUGGAGCACCAUCGCCACUGGGACAUGAUGUCAUCCCUCCAGCCAACAUGGGCCGGAAAUUCUCAGCUCCCGGCUUCCUCAGCACAACACUCCCCUCGUCUUCUAGCACCACGUCCACGACGUCGACUCAUCUCCCCAACCCAACCAAUCCCUCUGCCCCUCUGGGGCCUCGUAAAGGCUCCCUGGGUCCGGUUGCACCGGGGUUCGCAUAUGCCUCGGCCCCGUACAGUGCUCCUCAGUGGGCGGGACCCACGGGCACGUGCCAGGUCAGCAUGCUCAACUCCACACAGUCGAUAACACAGUACCAGCCACCUACAACAGCCUCAGGCUACCACAUGGGAACCACAGCAGCCCCCCAGAGUUCAGUCAUCCCCGGAGGGUCCAACCUGAAGCCCACGUAGCCCAGUUGUUUUCCUAGUCCCCUCAGACGGAGGACAAAACAGGGCAGACUGUUUAAUAAAAAAAAACCACUAGCUCUCCUUGCAGUCGGCUGGUAAACUGGCUGCAUGUUGUGUUGCUUUUUUUUAUUUUAAUUUCAAUUUUUAUUGUUUUUUUUUUUUUUCUUCUUUCCUGUAAUGGAGUUGAGCUAAUGUGGUUCACGUCCUCAGACAGAACAAAAUCUGUCCGGCAAUUAUAGGCAGAGUGCAAUACACAUCCACAGCACAGAAGUCUCAAACUUAGCCGGCCGCUGGCUGUGGAAUUGAGCUGUGACGAGCGGGUUGGUCGUGUCCGGUGACGUGAUGAUCAACGGCAGCCAAAGAUGUCUUUCGAGAGCAGGCGUCGUCAUUCCCUCUUGAAGAGAAGGUAGGGUGGAUUCUGGUUCCCAUCCUUAAUAUUAAGACUUUAAGCCCUACUGGGAACCAAGACGGUUAAACUAAAACACCACAUAUAUUCCCACACACACACACACAUACACCUGGAAAAACAAUAGGGGAUGUUGGUAAAGUGAUCUCAGAGAGUGAGGUGGGGGGGACGUGAACAGAAAGUAGGAAAGUAGAGAGGUGCACCUAGUGUGUCCAAGACGGACUAGCAAAGUAUGACUGGUUGAGUUGAAGAAGAAAGACGUAAGUUAGGAAGGAGUGUAAUGCGUAGGUUUGCAGUAUGAAUACACCCCAUCGUUACCUAUUCAGCAAAAUGCAAUAAUGGCAAAGAGUAGAAAAACUGUCCCUUGUAACUGUGGCCUUAAUCCCCAAACACAUUUAAACAUUGACUUUGUACAUAGAUAUUUCUUCACUGGGUUAUGAUUCCAUGUUUUUGCGUAUUUAUGUCGCUGUGAGUCUGGUGACAUCGUGAUUUGAGUUCUCCAUCCAUCCAGGUUUAUUAUACAGAUUUAUCCUUCACGCCUGGCAUGUAAACCAGUCGAUCUGCCACAUUGUCCUGGUGUUGACCGCCAUUCACAGUGUGCAAUUGGAGAGGUGAUGCUGCUGAAAUCCCAUUCUGUUUGAGGGUUGUUUUUUACUUUCUGUGGUCUGUUUUUGUAUGCGUAUAUUUAAUAAAAACAAAUGUUUCUUUAUGGACCUGUAUUUAGCCAUCAGAUUUUGAUGUUGUUUCACUGUUUAUUAUUAAAGGUGGUUAAACAGGUAGUUAAAUGAAUAUAAAAAGUGCAAUUGUCGAUGGUGUCCUACUCACCACGUGGGAGCAAUCCUGUUGUUUUAUUAAGCUCCUCUCUCCGACUGCCCGGCCCUCCGUUCUAUUGUACCGUAUCUGUCAAUGUGAUGUAGACGCUUUGGCGUAAUGCUCGGCCACUUCAGCGUGAUUGUGGUGACUCGCUCGCUACGUGCACACGCACUCUGACCUGUAAACACGAGGAACACUUUAGUGCCUUGCAUCCUCACUAAUGACACGUUCCAAAUUCCUCUAGUCCCGUAGCUGCGCCUGUACUUCAGACAACCAGUAGACUAAACGUGGACGAGGCGCAGACACUGAAGAGAGGGGGGGGGGGCAGCGGCUCGCCGUAUGUGACACUAAAACGAACAAAGAGCACACUGGGUAAUGUGAACGUGCGUCUGUUCUCGCCACAGCUCUAUUUGUGAUGGUUGUGUAUUCAGCUGUGUUUUUAUUUGGUUUCCGUGGAUUCAUCAUUGAACCAUUUUCAUUAUUACGA